GGGUGUCUCUUUCCUGUCACUAUAUAAUGCAUGAAUAUGUUCUGCAAUAAGAAAACAAGCACAGAAAAGCAGCUGAUCAGCUUUCUAAUGGGAGCUCAUUCUGUCAUUUGCUUUCUCUUCCUCGCACUACCAAUGAUCCAAUCCCAAGCACUAGUUCCGGAACAGAGAGCAGCUCGAGUGCCCGCAGUCUUUGCGUUUGGAGACUCCGUCGUCGACUCGGGCAACAACAACAUGCUCCUGACAACAGCCAAGUGCAACUUCCCUCCAUAUGGGAGGGACUUCAUAGGACACAGAGCAACAGGAAGGUUCAGCAAUGGAAAGAUCCCCACUGACUUAUUUGCAUCUUAUCUGGGAGUAAAGGAGCUUCUGCCUGCUUAUCUUGACCCAGACAUAAAGGAACAUGACCUGCUCACCGGAGUAAGCUUUGCUUCUGGUGGCGCAGGAUACGAUAACCUUACCGCUGAAAUACCGUUAGUUUUCUCAUUGUGGGAUCAGCUAGAGAUGUUCAAAGAAUACAAGAGAAAGUUAGAAGCCAUUGCUGGUGAAAUGAGAGCAGCUAAUAUAGUCGCCGAAAGCCAGUGCAUUAUAUUUUCAGGGACCAAUGAUUUAAUGACCACAUAUUUCACUACCUCUAUCCGAGCUCUGAGCUAUGAUCUCCCUUCAUACAUCAAUUUCAUGCUCCAAGCAGCAUCUAGCUUUGUAGAGGAACUGUACAGUUUGGGAGCUCGAAAGAUUGCUGUAAUUGGGGUUCCUCCUAUAGGUUGUGUGCCUGCACAAAGAACUCUGAAGGGAGGAAUCACCAGGGAUUGUGUGGACACUUAUAACCAAGCUUCCAUCAAGUUCAAUAGUGAGCUAUCCAUGCGGCUGGAAAGGCUGGCCACCUACCAUCCUGGGGCCAGGAUUAUGUACAUUGAUAUCUAUAAUCCAUUACUUGAACUUAUUCUUCAUCCUUCUGACUAUGGGUUUGAGGAAGCAACAAAGGGGUGCUGUGGUACAGGGAAAAUUGAAGCCACCAUUCUGUGCAAUGAUUUGACUCCAUUCACAUGCCCGGAUGCCACCAAGUAUUUGUUUUGGGAUGGCUUUCAUCCUACAGAGAGAGGAUAUGAGAUUCUUGUAACCAAAAUCACUCAAAAUCAGGGCAUCUAGCAAAUACAGCAUUGCCCGGAACCUGUGACUCUGUCGUAGAAACAACUGAUCUUGAAUUCAAUAAUAGUGACAACCUAAACCUUACAUUA